CGCGGGGCGGGGGCGCCGGGCGGCCCAUUUCCUCCCUGGAGCCGGACAGGGGCAGACAAAGCGGCGGCCGUUGGCUUCGGGCCUCGGGAAUUUUCCUGCCUCGCCUCGCUCGCCGCAGAAAUGACUGCUGUUCACACAGGCAACAUAAACUUCAAAUGGGAUCCCAAAAGCCUAGAGAUCAGGACUCUGGCAGUUGAAAGACUGUUGGAGCCUCUUGUCACCCAGGUUACAACUCUGGUAAACACCAAUAGUAAGGGACCCUCCAAUAAGAAGAGAGGUCGUUCUAAGAAGGCUCAUGUGUUGGCUGCAUCUGUUGAACAAGCAACUGAGAAUUUCUUGGAGAAGGGGGAUAAAAUUGCGAAGGAGAGUCAGUUUCUCAAGGAGGAGCUUGUGGCUGCUGUGGAAGAUGUUCGAAAACAAGGUGAUUUGAUGAAGAGUGCUGCUGGAGAGUUUGCAGAUGAUCCCUGCUCUUCUGUGAAGCGUGGCAACAUGGUUCGGGCAGCUCGAGCUUUGCUCUCUGCUGUUACUCGGCUGCUUAUUUUGGCUGACAUGGCAGAUGUCUACAAAUUACUUGUUCAGCUGAAAGUCGUAGAAGAUGGUAUCUUGAAACUGAGAAACGCUGGCACUGAACAAGACCUGGGAAUACAGUAUAAAGCCCUGAAACCCGAAGUGGAUAAGCUGAAUAUUAUGGCAGCCAAAAGGCAGCAGGAACUGAAAGAUGUGGGGCAUCGUGAUCAGAUGGCCGCCGCCAGAGGAAUCCUGCAGAAAAACGUGCCGAUCCUCUAUACUGCAUCCCAGGCGUGCCUACAGCACCCUGACGUCGCAGCCUACAAGGCCAACCGAGACCUGAUAUACAAACAGCUGCAGCAGGCGGUCACAGGCAUUUCUAACGCAGCCCAGGCCACGGCGUCAGAUGAUGCCUCCCAGCACCAGGGUGGCGGCGGCGGAGAGCUGGCGUACGCCCUCAACAACUUUGAUAAGCAAAUCAUUGUGGACCCCUUGAGCUUCAGCGAGGAGCGCUUUCGGCCUUCGCUGGAGGAGCGCCUGGAAAGCAUCAUUAGCGGGGCUGCCCUGAUGGCUGACUCGUCCUGCACACGUGACGACCGGCGUGAGAGAAUUGUGGCCGAGUGUAAUGCUGUCCGCCAGGCCUUGCAGGAUCUGCUCUCCGAGUACAUGGGCAAUGCUGGACGUAAAGAAAGAAGUGAUGCCCUCAAUUCUGCAAUAGAUAAAAUGACCAAGAAGACUAGAGACCUGCGCAGGCAGCUCCGCAAAGCUGUCAUGGACCAUGUUUCAGAUUCAUUUCUGGAAACCAACGUUCCACUUUUAGUAUUGAUUGAAGCUGCAAAGAAUGGAAAUGAGAAAGAAGUUAAAGAAUAUGCCCAAGUUUUCCGUGAACAUGCCAACAAAUUAAUUGAGGUUGCCAACCUGGCCUGUUCCAUCUCAAACAAUGAAGAAGGUGUAAAGCUUGUUCGAAUGUCUGCAAGCCAGCUAGAAGCCCUCUGUCCUCAGGUUAUCAAUGCUGCAUUGGCCUUAGCAGCAAAACCGCAGAGUAAACUGGCCCAGGAGAACAUGGAUCUUUUUAAAGAACAGUGGGAAAAACAAGUCCGAGUUCUCACGGAUGCCGUUGAUGACAUUACUUCCAUUGACGACUUCUUGGCGGUCUCAGAGAAUCACAUCUUGGAAGACGUGAACAAGUGCGUCAUCGCUCUCCAGGAGAAAGACGUGGAUGGGCUGGACCGCACAGCUGGCGCCAUUCGCGGCCGGGCCGCCCGCGUCAUUCACGUAGUCACCUCGGAGAUGGACAACUAUGAGCCAGGGGUCUACACAGAGAAGGUGCUGGAAGCCACCAAGCUGCUCUCCAACACAGUCAUGCCACGUUUUACCGAGCAAGUCGAAGCGGCCGUGGAAGCCCUCAGCUCGGACCCGGCCCAGCCCAUGGAUGAGAACGAGUUCAUCGACGCCUCGCGCCUGGUGUACGAUGGCAUCCGCGACAUCAGGAAAGCGGUGCUGAUGAUCAGGACCCCUGAGGAGCUGGACGACUCGGACUUCGAGACGGAAGACUUCGAUGUCCGAAGCAGGACCAGUGUCCAGACAGAGGAUGACCAGCUGAUCGCCGGCCAGAGUGCCCGGGCUAUCAUGGCUCAGCUUCCCCAGGAGCAAAAAGCGAAGAUCGCGGAACAGGUGGCCAGCUUCCAGGAAGAAAAGAGCAAGCUGGACGCCGAAGUGUCCAAGUGGGACGACAGCGGUAACGACAUCAUCGUGCUGGCCAAGCAGAUGUGCAUGAUCAUGAUGGAGAUGACGGACUUCACCCGAGGUAAAGGGCCGCUCAAAAACACGUCCGACGUGAUCAGCGCCGCCAAGAAGAUUGCUGAGGCAGGAUCCCGGAUGGAUAAGCUCGGCCGUACCAUCGCAGACCACUGCCCGGACUCGGCCUGUAAGCAGGACCUGCUGGCCUACCUGCAGCGCAUCGCCCUCUACUGCCACCAGCUCAACAUCUGCAGCAAAGUCAAGGCCGAGGUGCAGAACCUGGGCGGGGAGCUGGUCGUCUCCGGGGUGGACAGCGCCAUGUCCCUGAUCCAGGCCGCCAAGAACCUGAUGAACGCCGUGGUGCAGACGGUGAAGGCCUCCUACGUGGCCUCCACCAAGUACCAGAAGUCCCAGGGCAUGGCCUCCCUCAACCUCCCCGCCGUGUCCUGGAAGAUGAAGGCGCCCGAGAAGAAGCCCUUGGUGAAGAGGGAGAAGCAGGACGAGACCCAGACCAAGAUUAAGAGGGCCUCGCAGAAGAAGCACGUGAACCCCGUGCAGGCCCUCAGCGAGUUCAAAGCCAUGGACAGCAUCUGAGGCCGGCGGCUGCGGGCGGCCCCCUGCUCUUGGCGUCCCGGGGACGCAGGCAGGCGGGUGAAUGUUGGGGACAGGGACAGUCUUGUGUUUAAGUUGAUCAGAAAUCCUUUUAGAAUUGAGGAGCACGUAUCCAGCUCUGUCUUUUUUACAAGCUUCCGUCAAAGUUCCUUAACCAAAGAGACUCCCACACUCACCUGUUGGUAACACUGUUGACCAAGUCGACGCGCCCGCCCGCCCGUUGUCCUGGCGGCGGCAGCAUCAGGCGUUGAUCGCAGGGGCCUGGCUUCAGGGAGGGGCCUUCGCUGCUUCAGGCAGGGUGGCUGGUGGUACGUGACCAAAGGCGACCCAGAGCAAGCGGCCUGGGCGUCUUAGAAGGCGGCCCUGGAAAGUGAACAUUCCCAGAAAGGUCUUUAGAGGGACAGACCCCACGAAACUCAGUAGGACAUAGUUGUAUCGGGAAGAACGGUGAUGACGCGAAGACGUGGUUACAGCCGCCGUGUGCGCUCGCUGCAGGUCAUGACUAGCGUUGCUCUUUUCAGGCUAGGCUGUCGCGACGCCAUGAUCAGAACACGCUUUCCCCCCCUUCUUCGGCUUCCAGUGCAAAUUCCUCCUUGGGCUCACUUCUAAUACUUGCAGAGUUUCUUGCCUCGGGCUUGCGGCAGAGGCCUGGCAGACGCGUGUUUGCUUGGGCGGUAACACAGACUCGGCUUCUUUGUGACCACCGUAGCGAUGACUCUAGCCAUAGGGUAUAAUUCGACUGCCUUAUUUAAAUUUUAUGCAUUUGUUUUUACACUAACUUUUCCCAAUAAAGUCCACUAUGAAACCAGA